CACACACACGCACACGCACACGCGCACACACACACGGGUUUACAGGCGCGACACCGCCGCACUUCAGUCUGUUCCGUUGUGCGCACGAGCGACUUCAGCUUGAAGUUCCAGGCGGCACCAAAUAUAAUGUGACGGUGUGGAGUUUAAACCGAGCGGAUUAACACCGAGACUAAAGCACACAAAUCACUUACAGCAGGUUGUUUGUUUAUUAUUAGACGUGUUGUUGUUACCGGAGACAUGAAGUUCGCGGAGCACCUUUCAGCUCACAUCACACCGGAAUGGAGGAAGCAGUACAUACAGUACGAGGCCUUCAAAGAGAUGCUGUAUGCAGCACAGGAUCAGGCUCCGUCUAUAGAAGUGACAGACGACGACACGGUUAAGAGAUACUAUGCUAAAUUUGAGGAGAAGUUCUUUCAAACAUGCGAGAAGGAGCUGUCCAAGAUCAACACCUUCUACUCAGAGAAGUUAGCAGAGGCUCAGCGACGUUUCUCCACGCUGCAGAACGAGCUGCAGACGUCUGUGGACGCUCAGCGGGAAAGCAUCAUGGGAAAGAGCAGGAAGACGGGUCUGGCUCUGAGCAACGAGGAGAGGAACAAACAAGGCAACAUCAAAGACCUGAAACUGGCCUUCAGCGAGUUCUACCUCAGCCUCAUCCUCCUGCAGAACUACCAGAACCUCAACUUCACCGGGUUCCGUAAGAUCCUGAAGAAACACGAUAAGAUCCUGGAGACCCAGCGUGGAGCCGACUGGCGUGUCUCACACGUGGAGGUCGCGCCCUUUUACACAUGCAAAAAGAUCACACAGCUUAUCUCUGAGACAGAGACUCUGGUGACUACAGAGCUGGAGGGUGGAGACCGGCAGAAAGCCAUGAAGAGACUGAGAGUCCCACCACUGGGGGCAGCUCAGCCUGCUCCCGCAUGGACUACAUUCAGAGUCGGCCUGUUUUGCGGAAUCUUCAUUGUCCUCACCGUCACCUUCAUCCUCAGGGGUGCGUUUUAUUUUAGCGAUAAGAACGUGUGGCCGAUGGUGAGGAUGUACCGCGGCAGCUUCCUGCUCAUCCAGUUUCUCUUCCUGUUGGGCAUCAACACGUACGGCUGGAGACAGGCUGGAGUCAAUCACGUGCUCAUAUUCGAACUGAACCCACGCAACAACCUGUCUCACCAACACCUGUUUGAGAUCGCAGGCUUCCUGGGUGGGUUAUGGUGUGUCAGUAUCCUGUUGUGUCUGUACGCCGACUCCACCGGACUGCCGAUGCAGGCGAGUCCUCUCAUCCUGUACGGCCUCAUGUUCCUGUUCCUCAUCAAUCCCUUCAAAACCUUCUACUACAAAUCCCGCUUUUGGCUCCUCAAAUUGCUGUUCCGCGUGUUCACGGCUCCGUUCCACCGCGUGGAGUUUGCUGAUUUCUGGCUGGCUGAUCAGCUGAACUCUCUGGUGAUCGUGCUGAUGGAUCUGGAGUAUCUGGUGUGUUUCUACAGUGUGGAGCUGCAGUGGGGGAAUGUGGAUGGCCUGAUGCCCAGUUAUUCAGAUGAUAAGAAAUGCAACAAUUACUCGUACGGGCUGCGUGCCAUCAUCCAGUGUCUGCCUGCCUGGUUCCGAUUCGUCCAGUGUCUCCGCCGUUACCGUGACACCAAACGAGCUUUUCCUCACCUGGUGAAUGCUGGGAAAUAUUCCACAACCUUCUUUGUGGUGGCGUUUGCUGCCCUGUACAGCACACACAAAGAUCAGGAUGAUGCAGAUUCCGAGGCAUUCCUUUACCUGCUAAUCGUCUUCUCCACCAUCAGUUCUCUCUACACACUGAUCUGGGAUCUGAAGAUGGACUGGGGUUUGUUUGACCGCAACGCCGGUGAGAACACCUUCCUCCGGGAGGAGAUCGUUUACCCACAGAAGGCGUAUUAUUACUGCGCCAUUGUGGAGGACGUGAUCCUGCGUUUUUCCUGGACUCUUCAGAUCGCUCUGACCAACUUCACACACGUCUCCUCUGCUGAUAUUGUGGCCACCGCUCUCGCCCCACUGGAGGUGUUCAGGCGUUUUGUGUGGAACUUUUUCCGUCUGGAGAACGAGCACCUGAAUAACUGCGGUGAGUUCCGGGCGGUGAGAGACAUCUCCGUGGCUCCACUGAACGCCGACGAUCAGACGCUGCUGGAGCAGAUGAUGGACCACGAGGAUGGAGUCAAACACCGGCAGGGGAAGAAGACCUGGAGGCGGAGCUACAGCCUCACACUGCGCCGCCCACUGCUGCACUCCCAGUCCAAGAAGGACACCAAGGUGCUGAUCGACGACACCGACGACGAAGCCUUCAGCUGAACAACACAAAGACGUUCCACCACUGAAGACACACACACAGACAAACACACACACACACACACACACAGGGUACUGUUAUUUUUAAUUUGUUGUUAGUUUUUAUAUUAGUUUAGUUUUUUUAAGAAUUUAUUAAUGACAUUGUUUACAAAAGUAAUAAUAAUAAGCAUUACAAAUCUACAGGAAGUGACAUUACAGUGAAGAACUGAAAUGCAACAAUAACACACACACUGUGUGAACUUCAGCACACACACACACACACACACACACACACACACACUUUAAUACUGACAGCGUGUUUUUUCUAUUUGUGCAUUUUGUAAUUUCUUCUUCACAGAGCACUUGCAGGGAAAGUGCACAUGGGCACCAUGUUCACCACGCAGGGCCGCCUCACUUCUUCUUCUUUUCAUUUCUUUUUUUAACUUUAUUUAUUGUUCACGUUCUUAAGAGCCAGACUGACCUACUGACGCUUUUUAAGAAGUCAGAUUUCCAUCAAAACCUAGCAAGUGACGUAGGAAAGGUUUCGUCCCGAACCGCUCACUGUCCUGCCGAGCCUAGCAUGAGUAGUCGCUCCUCCUCCUGACAUAAAUUACACCGGGAUUAAAACUAAUAAUAAUCAGCCAUAACAUGAAAGCACAGCCGUCGAGUGAAGCAGGUGGUGGCGGCACCAUCGGGCUUGUAAUAAUGCACUUAUACUGUAGCGCACACCUCGGAACUACACCUUUGGAUCCGGUGUUAAAACCCUUUACUGAAAUUAGUCGACAUAACUGUUUUGUUAGGUUUUUACAUUUGAGGGCAGAGUCUUAGUGAUGAUGUCAUUCUUUAUGAUGUGAGCUAGAAAGUCUGCUCUGUACCAGUCUUUUAUCUGGUGUGAUGUAGGGUGGGUGUAGGAGGAACCUUCGUUACCAACAUGUGGCGUAUAAAGGCGGAGCCUUCCGUAUGAGCAAUUUAAUGAGGUGGGUCUUUGUGGGAGGAGUCUCAGUUUUAGCUGGUCAGGGUUGUAGGGUGGAGCUUUUCAGAUGUUGACAUGGAGCCCAGUGCUUUGAAGGUGGAGCCUUUACAAAUGGGUGGAGACUCUACUUUAGACGACCAACGUUUACACCAGCGCUGUACAAACUGCUAGUGUUCAGUGUUUUGUGCGGUUUGGGACGAAGCCACUAAUUACCUUUAGUGUACGUGUUAGAAUUAAGUUUAUUAUUCAUUUGUAUUAUUUUCAACAACAAUGAGGAUAAAAAAAAAAGCAACAAAAUGUAAUGUUGUUAUAAUGUUAGAAUAAGUUGUCAUUUAUUCUUCAACACACACACACACACACACACACUUACAGAAGAACGACAAUGAGGUCUGGAUGGGGUGUGAGUGUGAUCAUGCUGCUUCUCACACACAUACACACACACACACACACACAAGCAAAAACACAUACUCAUGUUGGGAGGGGUGUGUGUUUCAUCCCUAACCACAAGUUAUUCAGCUGUCUGACUGUUAGCACCCGCGCUAAUGUUGUCAUGGUUAUUGUUAAAAUCUGUUAAAUCUCGGGUUUAGCAGUUUGCGAGCACAAUCUCUCUCUCUCUCUCUCUCUCUCUCUCUCUCUCUCUCUCUCUCUCUCUCUCCAUCAUUCCUUUUCCCUAUAUGUCACUAUUUUUGCUUCUCAUCAUUGACGUGUCACUCACGAAAGAGUUGAUUCACAUCGUUCACUUACAAAGAGUCGACUCAUGUGAGUCUUUAAUUUUUAAUCGUUUUUGUAAAUCUAAGCCAUUCUCUUAUUCUUGGAAAUUAAAUUUAGUUAAUCUCAUAAUGACUUAUUUUAUUUUUUAUUAUUUACAAAAAAAAACUUCUUAUCGCUCAGAAUAUCAGAAACAUCAAAAUAUCAAAAACUUCAUUGAGCCAUUUGGGAGUCAAAAGAGUCGACUCUUCUUGGUGAGCCGUGCCAAAUGAAUCGAUUCGUGGCUAGAGUGAAUCAUACUGGUUGACUUGUUCUGUAACUUUGUGUUUCACUUACACACAUAUACACACGUAUGUAACGUCGGUCUCGAAGGUGAACAGUCAGUGUGUGAAAAAAAAGGCAUUAUGGGAAAAAAAAAGCAGAUGUUUAUGGACAUUUUA